AUGCAGGUUAAUAGAGGUCUUUUAUCUUCAGGAAUCAUGGCUGCUUAUGUUGUUUUCCUCUGUUGGUCUGCUAUUAGAAGUGAACCAGUCAACAAGAAAUGCCAUGCACAAAAGCAAGAAAUCAGCAACAGUGAUUGGACAACAAUAGUUGGUUUCCUGAUUGCGAUUGGUGCAAUUGUUAUGGCAACCUUUUCAACUGGUAUCGAUUCACAAUCAUUUCAGUUCCGCAAAGAUGAAGUGCAACAAGAGGAUGACAUCCCUUAUGGCUAUGGAUUUUUCCAUCUCAUAUUCGCCUUGGGGGCCAUGUAUUUUGCAAUGUUAUUCAUCAGUUGGAACCUACAAAAUUCUGCAAGGAAAUGGAGCAUUGAUGUUGGUUGGGCAAGUACUUGGGUGAAAAUUCUCAACGAGUGGUUUGCUGCUUCAAUAUACUUGUGGAAAUUGCUUGCCCCUGCCAUGAGACAGCCAAAGGUCAUGCACCGUCAAGACUCUCCGCACCAUAACAUUGACUCAACCGUGCCAUGAUUUUGUCAAUUAAGAUAUAGCAAUGGCAUUCUCAUUUGUUGUAAUUCUAUAUUCUUUCGUUAUUCUUUUGGCAGAUACAUAUAUAUCCCAGAUGAGCCUAAAUUACAUGUAAAUGACAAAUUAGAAGUCAGAAUUUCUAGACUAACUCCAUUCAUAUUUACCAUUAUUAGCAUGCAUAGACCAAACUACUUCACCCAUUUUAGCAACAUACCAACUCCAUUCAAUACUGCAAAUCCCUAUUUCAGGGCCAAGAUUUGCUGCAUAUUCUCGCGCAAAGCACUCAAGAUGUUCAUUGCAGUACUAGUAUCUCUCAUGCAUGUAUCAAUAUCUAUGACUGCAGCUGCAGUCGACCCAGCAGCGGCAACUGGGAAAGAACCAGUGCUUGAGCUAUACAUGUAUGACAUUCUUGGUGGCAGGAGUCCAACCUCUAGGCCGGUGACUGGUUUGCUGGGGAGUAUAUACAGUGGUCAAGUGCCAUUUGCUAAGCCAUUAGGGUUUCUUCCCCCAGCAGGUGGGGUACUUAUCCCCAAUGCUAAUGGCGCCAUUCCAACUGUCAACGGCCAAAACGGCCUCCCGUUAGGGACUAGCUUCGGAGGCACGGCUUUUGCUGGAAAACAACUGCUGGGUCCCGAUGGCUUGGGACUUGGGUUCGGGACAGUCACUGCUAUUGAUAACAUCCUGACCUCCAGCCCUGAGUUGGGGUCUCAGGUCAUCGGAAAAGCCCAGGGAGUGUAUGUGGCCAGCUCGGGAGACGGCAGUAGGCAGAUGAUGGCGUUUACAGCAGCAAUUGAAGGAGGGGAAUAUGGAGACAGUCUUAACUUUUACGGAGUAUACAAGAUAGGAAGCCCCAUGUCCCGUCUGUCAGUGACCGGCGGGACAGGGAAGUUCAAGAAUGCAAGUGGCCAUGCGGAGGUUAAGGCAUUGAUACCGCCGGGACAGCAUGAAACAGACGGAGCAGAGACAUUGCUGAGGAUCAUUGUGCAUCUAAGUUACUAAUGAUUGAUGGGCUGUGUCAAAUAUUUGCUUGUAAUUUCAGAAAGACAUAAAUUACACAGAUACUUGUGAGUUAGAAUGAACAUUGAUCAUUUUC